AUGAUGGACAAUCAGCCGCCCCUCACAUCACCGGAUGGAUCCAGUCAUGGGAACCCACCAGAGAGAUGUCCCCGUCCUCUGUAUUCCCGGGAUUCCACACAGGAAGAUGUUAAAGAAGAGUAUAAAGAGGAGGAUGAGGAGUAUGGAGUGAUGGAGGAGUUUUCAGAAGGACACAAGGAUAUGAUGGAGCCACCUAAUACCAGGAACCCACCAGAGAGAUGUCCCCGUCCUCUGUAUUCCCGGGAUUCCACACAGGAAGGUCACACCAUCCCUCACCAUUACAAGAGUGGAGAUCCAAUCGAUAUAGAAUUUGAGGUAAAGCAGAAGAAGAAGAGGCGUAUGUGGAGGAGGAUGGAAUAACGGGGACAUUUAUAGAGGAGGACACUCCUACAGAGAUCAGCACAGUCCAUGGCCGGGAGAUGAGGAAAACCUCCGAGGAUUGUCUCACUUUGUCUCCAGACUGGAAAGUAGAAGAUGAGGACAUCACACAGUAUAGUCCAGGAGAAAACCCGGCUCCCUCCAAUGUCCAUCCGGCACCACCCAGUGUAGAUGGACCAUCGGAUUCCUCGUAUCCUGAGGAACCUCAGACUGUGCGGGACCGGGCCGGCCUUCCAACAGGGAAGAGUUCUCCUGUACAGAGUGCGGGAAAUGUUUUCCCUUCUAAAUUCCAUCUUAAUGAGCAUAAAAGAUCUCACACAGGGGAAAAGCCGUAUUCCUGUCCUGAGUGCGGGAAA